GAUCUGCUUCAAUUCAAGGUCGCCCCAUGGCUGCCGCCCCGUUCCCGAACUGGCUGAUGAUGGAGCGCUUCGUCUUCCGCAGGGACGACAAGGGGUCCUUCCCGGACGACACCAAGGCGCCCAUCAGGGCGUCCGGCACCACCUCCUGGAACGCUCGCUUCCACAUCGCCUUCUGCCUCGCCGAGCCCCCGCUCCCCUCCCGCCUCUACGCCCGGCUGCCGCGUUUUCCAGACCCCAGGAAGCACACCCCCUUGGCCAUCCUGGCGGCGCACCGCCAUCUCCUCCUGCUUCGCAUCGGUACCGAUAUCCCCGGACUAGGGCUGGUGCAGGACUUCCUCAUCUACAGCGCCUACGACACUUCCUCGCUCAAAGCUCUGCCCCCUUGCACCGAGCCCUACACGGAUUACACCCGCACCGGUGACAGCCUACCUCGCGGUCCUCCGCUCGAGCAGGGGAAGCACCGCCUGCUGACGGUCAAAUCCAUCGGCCUCUUGUGCCGAGGCGGCGAAGGCGAGCAAGAGUUUGCGGUGGCGGAGCUCUGCGUUUUUAAGUCCGUCCACUCGGAGGUCUACGCUGACGUCUGUUUGCUGCGCUCCUCCACAUCCGCUGGCCCCGUGCUUGCCGGCGAAUGGAACGCCAUGCGUCUACCAAUCCUUGGCAUCGACAAUGUCAAUGAUCCUUGGCACCUCUGUUGCUGGGACACGGACGCCAUCGUCCCCUUCAACCGCUCGCUUUGCUGGAUCGACUACCACCGAGGCAUGCUCAUCUACGACGUCUUCGCAGAGCACGUCCCUACCGUCACCUUCCUCGCGCUCCCUCUUGAUGAGUUCCCUUCUGCUCACACUUUCCGUGAAAUCAAGCCAUUCAGCUGGUUAUACCGGGGUGUGUCCGCCAUUGAUGAUGGCCGUGUGCUCAAGUUUGUGAAUGUCACCCGCCAUGAUGGCAUUGGUCACGGGGAACUCAAAUCUGGUUCAGGCUUCACCAUCACCUGCCACACUCUCGCAUUAGGCAGCAUGGUGUGGGAAUUAGACUACAAGAUCACUUCGGCUGAGCUCUGGUCUUCCAAUCCGCACCUUCCACACACCGUCCUUAUGUUUCCUCAAGUAAACGUCGACAGGCCAUAUGUAGUGCACUUCCUCAUCAGCGAAUUCAAAUACGUCAUUAGGAAGAUGUGGGUGGUCAGCAUUGACAUGAGCACCAGGACAGUGGAGUCAAUUUCCCAAUACAUCAAUGGGAAGGAGGGCCUUGAAACCGAUGAUGCUGACUUCACCAGAAGAAGGUCUGGUGCUCCCGCGUCCUUCCUCCCCUGUGAAUUCUCCAGGUUCCUUCGUCUCUCCAGAAAGAACGAGGAUAUGGGAUGACUCAUGGUCUACAGAUCAAGUUCAACUACAAUUAGUAAUGGAAGAGAGCAAGGAUAUGGAAUGACUCACGUCUGCCAACACUUCAUCAUACUGGAUAGCUAUUCGGUCUACAGUUCAAGUUCAACUACAAUAAUUGCAAGGGUGAAGCUAUGCAUGGGAGAGACUACUCAUACGCAGCUUAUGUAGUUCACCGUUAAUCUUGAUGUCUGUGAGGAUCUAAUAAUGUAUUAAUGUAUAUCGUCCGUCCUCAAAAUUUGCGUCAUUUCUUUUGUUGUUUACCUUUGGAAAGUCUUGGCUGCUUGCAAAAGACUAUUAAAAGGUAGCUGAAGUAUGCAAUCGUUAUUUUUGACAUUGACUAGUAUGGG